GGGCGCGGAGCCUCCAAGAUGCCGUUCCACCCGGUGACGGCGGCGUUGAUGUACCGGGGCAUCUACACCGUACCCAACCUGCUGUCGGAGCAGCGCCCCGUGGACAUCCCUGAGGACGAGCUGGAGGAGAUCCGUGAGGCCUUCAAGGUAUUCGACCGUGAUGGCAACGGCUUCAUCUCAAAGCAGGAGCUGGGCACGGCCAUGCGCUCCCUGGGCUACAUGCCCAACGAGGUGGAGUUGGAGGUGAUCAUCCAGCGACUGGACAUGGAUGGUGAUGGGCAGGUGGACUUUGAGGAAUUUGUGACCCUCUUGGGACCCAAGCUUUCCACGUCAGGGAUCCCAGAGAAGUUCCAUGGCACGGACUUUGACACGGUUUUCUGGAAGUGUGACAUGCAGAAGCUGACAGUGGACGAGCUGAAGCGUCUGCUCUAUGACACCUUCUGCGAGCAUCUGUCCAUGAAGGACAUUGAGAACAUCAUCAUGACAGAAGAAGAGAGCCACCUGGGCACGGCCGAGGAGUGUCCCGUGGAUGUGGAGACCUGCUCCAACCAGCAGAUCCGCCAGACGUGCGUGCGCAAGAGCCUCAUCUGCGCCUUCGCAAUCGCCUUCAUCAUCAGCGUCAUGCUCAUUGCAGCCAACCAGGUGCUGCGCAGCGGCAUGAAGUAGGCACCACCUGGGUGCCCACCUGGAGCACGUGGUGCCCAGGCCCACUGGACGCCUACCACCACCUGUAGCCCUCUCCUCACCACCCAGCUGGCUCCCUGGGCUGACACCAGUGGGCACCUCAGGGCCUGGACAUCUGACCACGCCACGCCUCGCCCCACACAGGCCUCGCAUGGAGCUGUGAUGCGGCUGUGGAGGAGCUGGUGGUGGCGCUGAGGACAGUCCCUAGUCGCCAUACCCCCCUGCCUGUGUUCCCAACUGGCCUUGUACUUAGCGCUAACUUCCCACUGCCCAGGGGCUCCUGGGGAAGGAGGAAUUUGUACAGGAGCCCUUGGGGUCCAGUUGCUACUACGGCCCCUUAGGCAGGAGAGGCAGUCUAUGUCCAGAGAGGGCAAUAGCCCGGUGCACACAGCCUAGAGCUCUCGGCAAGGGCAGAAGGGCCAGAGGUUCCAUGUCCCCUUCCUCUGACCUUCCUCAGAUCCAAACCCAGCUUUCCUCCAAGCACUUGUUGGGGCCCAUCCUUGUGCCCACUUCACAGGUGGCCUGCAGUCUGGCCUCAGAUUCUCCUCCUACAGGGGUUUUUAGUAAGGGCAGGAGCUUAUGGAGGACCUGGCCCUGGAGGUGACUCUGAGGCCCCACCUUUAGAUCCAGCAACCAAGGGCUGUGUCACCCCUCCAGCACAGAGCCUAGAAAUGCAGCUCAUUUAAGGUCAGAAGAGAAGCCCCUGUGGCCUGUGAUCUGCCAGCCAGGGUGCUUCCUUAGGGGGGAAUGUUGAGAGGUCCUGGACUGAGGAGUUGACACAACCCCACACUGCUAAGAGAUAUGUAGGCCACUCUGCCCACCCCAAAGACGGCACUCCUGGGCCCCCACUGCUCUGCACCCUCAAGGCUAGGGAUCUGUUUCCUUUCCUGGCUUCGUGUAUGUUGCCCCCACACUUGGCACCGGCUUAGCAUGGGCACAUGUGGGGCUGCAGCUCUGCAGGGACUGGGACAGCCAAUGGAAUCCUUGGGCACCUCUCCCCAGCCCACGGACACUUACUUCCUGGGCCACAGUCACAUGGAUGCACCUCAUGCCAGCCAGGCUGAGCCUCCACUGAUUCCCAGGGAAGAGCUGUAGGCACAGAUCACCCUGGAGGGGAUCUUGUCUCAUCCUAGCCCACCUGACCCCUGACCAUAACCAGAGGACAGAAAGAACAAGAGCGUGCCAGCAAGAGUGUGGCCAAACCACCAUGAGGACAGUUUCUUUAUAAACAUCUGGACGUUGUCUCAUCCGUCUUCUAAAGACAUGCCGUGAGGUGGUGGGUGGGUGGAUCAGGAGGGGAGGCUGGGUCCACAGUCUUGAGGGCUCCAGGGGACAGCAGGAGGGGGCUGGCCAUCUGUAAGCUGAGCAGCUGUCUCUACUGUGACUGGUGGGAUAGCUGACUGGCCGGGAGUCCGGUGGGAGAGAGGGGCUCAGCCCCACUGGACUCUGGGCUGCAGGGGCCACCCUCCAGGUGGGGGUGCCCGCAGAGAGGGGGGCAGCUCCUGUGCUGGUGGCCAGCCCACAGGGUACUGGAAGACAGUGGCUCUGAUGGGUUCGGUCCUAGAGAAAAGGAGAAAGAGCAUUAGAGUAAGCCACCAUCCGGACCCAGCUUACCCUCCCAUCGCUCUGGUGGUGGGGAGUGUUGGCCACCUGCACGAUCCUUCUGGAAGCAGAGCCUUGAAAAUAUGCAGAUCCUUAGAGCCAGUAACCUCCCCUCUAGGAACUCAGCCCAAGGAAAAGGUGGGUUGUAGGCAGGGACUGAGCUACAAGAAUGGCCUUGGGCAAAACGGAAAUCAUCUUAGUGUCCACCUGUGGGGGACUGAUUAAACACACAUGCACGUCCGCAGCAGAGAAUGCUAUGCAGCCUGUGUAAAAAUGAAGGCAAACCUGUAUGCACUGAUGAGGAAAGACAUAUUAUGUGAGUAAGGAGAAAAAGCAGCUUAUAAAAUAAUGUAUAUAGCAUGAUACUAUUUUUGUUUAAAGAUAUAUAACAUAUAUAAAUGCAUAAAAACCCUGGAAGUCAU